UGGAUAUAUAUAUAUAUAUUCUAGGGUUUAGAGAGAGCGUGAGAGGGACGGCCAGAGAGGAAGAUCUACUAAAGGCGACGAAAUGGUGAAAUUUCUGAAGCCAAACAAAGCUGUGAUCGUCCUUCAAGGCCGCUAUGCUGGUCGCAAGGCGGUGAUCAUCAAGUCCUUCGAUGAAGGCACUCGUGACCGCCCGUACGGCCAGUGCUUGGUUGCAGGGAUAAAGAAGUACCCAAGCAAGGUUAUCAAGAAGGACUCUGCCAAGAAGACUGCCAAGAAGUCCCGCGUCAAGUGCUUCAUCAAGCUCGUCAACUACCAGCACUUGAUGCCCACCCGCUACACCCUCGAUGUCGACCUCAAGGACGUCGUUUCUGUGGACGCAUUGCAGAGCAAGGAGAAGAAGGUUGCUGCUGCCAAGGAGACCAAGGCGAGGUUCGAGGAGAGGUUCAAGACUGGCAAGAAUAGGUGGUUUUUCACCAAGCUCAGGUUUUGAGCUUUAUUGUCUUGUUUCUUUCUUUUGCUUAAAUUUUGUUCUGAAGAACUGGGUAUUACGUGAUUUUGAGACUGGUUUAGUAGUAAUUAUUAACUUGGAUAUUGUGAUGUUUUGAUGAACUUGUUCAGAUCUGUUGGGAAGAGUUAUUUCUCAGCAUAUACAAUCUUAGUAUCUUUUUCUUUUA